AUGGCUGUCUUAAGUAGAAAAAAAGUAGCAGAGAUCUUUUCAAAAUUUACCGCAUGCUUUUCCAGAAAUGCUUAUGUUGAUGAAUUGAAAAAUCUAAAUGAUAAAUUGACAUUAUGCAAUGAUCAGCUGUGUAGGAAAGAAGCACAAGUUUCUACAGAAAAUGAUCAACUGAGAAGGAAAGAAGCACAAGUUUCUACAGAAAAUGAUCAGCUGAGAAGGAAAGAAGCACAAGUUUCUACAGAAAAUGAUCAGCUGAGAAGGAAAGUAGCACAAGAUUCUACAGAAAAUGAUCAGCUGAGAAGGAAAGUAGCACAAGUUUCUGCAGAAAAUGAUCAGCUGAGAAGGAAAGAAGCACAAGUUUCUACAGAAAAUGAUCAGCUGAGAAGGAAAGUAGCACAAGUUUCUACAGAAAAUGAUCAGCUGAGAAGGAAGGAAGCACAAGUUUCUACAGAAAAUGAGCAUCUUAAAAGGAAGGAAACUCAGCUUUGUACAGAUAUUGAACAGAUAAAAGAAAGGGAAGCUCAGCUUUUGGCAGAAAAAAAUCACCUUGUUAAUGAUAAUUUUAAGCUGAAAACAGAGAAUGCAAAAAAGAAUGAAAAGAUAGAUAAGAUGAUGGCUGGAAUGAUGCAAAUGUUUUUCAAAUGGCAGAUGGAGUUGUAAGAUUGUACUUAAAAGAAGGUAUUUCAGCCAUGUCUAUUCAAAAAGAUCUGUGGACGUUUUUAUACUUAUUUUUAUGAAUAUUGUUAACUGCAUC